CGGCGCCGGGCCCGGGCGCGGCGGGGCCCCGACGGCGGGCCGUUGCCCCAUGGCGCUGGCGGCGGCCCGAGCGCGGGUGCUGCGGUCCCUCCGCCGCCCGCUGCCGGCGGGAGGGCUGCCGGUGGCCCCCCGGGCUCGCUGCAGCGGCAGCAGCAGCAGCAGCCGCCAGGCGGAGGGCCCCGCUGAGCUGCCGCCCGGCGAGUACCGGCUCUGGCGGGAGCGGGCGGCCCGCGACCCCGCCGGUUUCUGGGCGGAGGUGGCGCGGGGGGCCCUGCGCUGGGACAGCCCCUUCCACGCGGCCUGCCGGGCCGGCCCGGCCGCCGGCGACACCCGCUGGUUCCUCGGCGGCCGCCUCAACGUCUCCGUGAAUUGCUUGGAUCGACACGUCGAAAAGUCUCCGAACAGAGUGGCUUUGAUUUGGGAGAGAGAUGAGCCUGGCACUGCGGUGCACGUCACGUACAGGGAACUUCUGGAUCUGACUUGCCGUCUUGCCAACACCCUGAAGAAAUAUGGGAUACAGAAAGGGGACAAGGUGGCCAUCUACAUGUCCGUGUCUCCCUUGUCUGUGGCAGCCAUGCUGGCUUGCGCCAGGCUUGGUGCCGUUCACACCGUGGUCUUCGCUGGAUUCAGCGCGGAGUCCUUGGCUGGGAGGAUCACGGACUCUGGAUGCAAAGCAGUUAUCACCUACAACCAGGGAGUCAGGGGAGGCCGAAUCGUAGAGCUGAAGACAACUGUGGAUGAAGCUGUGAAGAACUGUCCAAGCGUAAAACACGUCUUUGUGGCUCAGAGGACAGAUAACAAAGUCCAGAUGGGUGACCGUGAUAUUCCCCUUGAGGAGGAGAUGGCCAAGGCAUCUUCUGUAUGCGCUCCAGAGAGCAUGGACAGCGAAGACACGCUUUUCAUGCUGUAUACCUCGGGCAGCACUGGGAAACCCAAAGGAAUCGUUCACAGCCAGGCUGGAUACCUGCUGUACGCUGCUGUCACGCACAAGUACGUAUUUGACUACCAGCAAGGCGAUGUUUUCGGCUGUGUGGCUGACAUUGGCUGGAUCACGGGACAUAGCUAUGUUGUGUAUGGACCACUCUGCAAUGGAGCCACCUCUGUCCUGUUCGAAAGCACUCCAGUGUAUCCUGACCCAGGUCGUUACUGGGAAGUGGUACAAAGGUUGAAAAUUAAUCAGUUUUAUGGAGCACCUACGGCGAUACGCUUGCUGCUGAAUUAUGGAGAAGAGUGGGUGAAGAAAUAUGACAGAUCUUCCUUGAAGACCUUGGGGUCAGUGGGAGAGCCCAUCAACAACGAAGCGUGGCAGUGGUUCUACCACGUGGUGGGAGAAGGGCGCUGCACCCUCGUGGACACAUGGUGGCAGACAGAAACUGGUGGCAUCUGCAUUGCCCCACGGCCUUCAGAGGAGAAAGCUGAGAUCGUUCCGGCUAUGGCUAUGAGACCUUUCUUUGGGAUUGUGCCCGUGCUGAUGGAUGAGAAUGGAAAGGUAAUAGAGGGCAAUGAUGUGUCCGGUGCGCUCUGCAUCGCCCAGCCGUGGCCUGGCAUGGCAAGAACAAUCUAUGGAGAUCACCAGCGAUUUGUUGAUGCCUAUUUCAAAACCUACCCAGGUUACUACUUCACAGGGGAUGGUGCUUACAGGACCAAGAAAGGCUAUUACCAGAUAACGGGGCGCAUGGAUGAUGUCAUUAACAUCAGCGGACACAGGCUCGGGACGGCAGAGAUAGAAGAUGCGAUGGCUGAUCACCCUGAGGUCCCUGAGACCGCUGUGAUUGGGUAUCCACACAAGAUCAAAGGAGAAGGUGCCUUUGCUUUCAUAGUGCUAAAGGAGCAGACAGCUCAUAUAGACCGUGUCAAGGAAGAGCUCAAAACCAUAGUGGCUUCCAAGAUAGCAAAAUAUGCCGUGCCUGACCACAUUCUGGUGGUGAAACGCCUUCCUAAAACCCGAUCGGGGAAGAUCAUGAGAAGGCUGCUGAGGAAAGUAGUCACUGAACAGUCAAGAGACAUGGGAGAUGUCACCACACUUGAUGAUCCCAGUGUGGUCAAGGAGAUAUUGGAGGCUUACCAGAAAUACAAGGAGAAGGGUUCCUCAUAACAGGCAUCUCUGGAAUCUCUCUCGUCUGGAAAUGUGGAAGGUCCUGAAUAGUCAUGCAAACAACAUAGUUCUGUCUUGGUGUUUUUUUAAAAACUCUGUUUUUUAAAAAAAACUCCCCUUCAAGGGGAACAAGAUUUUCCGCUCCACAACGUAUUUUGAGAUGCACAGAGCUAGGAGCAGCGUGCAGUUUUGCACAGUCAGUGAGCUCCCUUUCAUUGCUUUUAGGGCUGUUGCAGAGCAGCCAUUGGUGGUUUCCAUUAGCUAUGAUGAAAUUAAUGCUAGCUAGCUGAAGCAAGAUGCAGACGUUAAUGUUUCUCAUUUUAAUGUUACUGUACAGGGAAAUGUUUUUAUACAACAUUUUUGCUGUUUUAAAAGAAGCCCUGGAAUACACUUUUCCAAUUUUUCCUUCAGCUUGGAUUUCCGAGUUCAAGUAGCUGUAUUUCAUUGCAACUCCGGUGCCUUUUUAGCAGUGCUGGGUAUUCUAGUAGAUGUUCCACGUGUGUUAUUAGUGAAAUGAGAAGUCUGACAAUUCUUUCUUGUGUUUACCCCGUUGUUCUAAAAACUCCUUUGGCUUUCUUCAUAUGGAUUUGUUCCUACCACUAUAUGUCAUGGCACUUGCCAGAGAUGGUGAGCCCAUGUCCCUUCAUGUCCCACCUAGGCAACCCAGCACUAGCACUUCCAGCCGCAAAACUGAGCCACAAAGCCUGCUACCGCUGGGCUUCCUACAUGUCCUCAAUGUGUUGCCAGUUGCAUAGGAGGGGCCUGGUCCCAUGUGUUUUUAUUCUGCCUUGAGAAACUGAGAUCACCAAUUGGGUUUUUAAAGUAACUGUCCUCUUCCUCAUCGGUGAUGACAACUGGAUCAAUGUUGUCCAUUGUGGUUCACUUCUGCAUAUUAGGAGCGGUGGUCUACAACUGCUAGAUCUUUGUUGCCAGUUGGUGAUUGGUGUAGGUGCCUUUGUUUCUUGAAGUUGCUAUGAAAAGGGGUGAUGUUUGCUUGCUGUCUAUCAGAGAAGCAUUUGGAAACGAAAUCCUCAAGUGGUCGAGAGAGGUUUGAAGCCGGGAGAGAUGUGCUGGAGGGUUCAUUGUGACUUGCUGGGCUGUGUGAUUUCUGACCAAGGCGUGGUUAUUUUAGCCCACUCCCAAAUGGCCUGUAAUCUCGUUUGCUCCAGCAAAGACAAGCACCCAGUUUGGAGGUAGGUUGGUUCUCCUGUCAGAAGUUACGACUUAAUCCUUAUUAUUUCAAGUUGGGUCCUACCACGUCUGCCCCUUCCACAUGCUGCCGUGCUGAUCUUCCAAAGAGUUGAAUGCGGGUGCCCGCAAAUUGCACAAUCUACAAAGAAGAAGGAAGUGCCUCUUAGAUGCCUUCUGGAAAGCGAUGAUAGCAUUCCAGACCAGCAACCUCAGAAUAGCAGGGAACAAUAGCCUUUGGCUUUCAUAUGCUUUCAAAAUUGUAACUAAUACAUUCACUGUUUUAUUUCUGGACUUGUUCUAUCACAAACACAUUUUGAUUGAAACACUCCUUAUAUUUGGGCUGUUUGGAAGAAUUUGCUAGUAAAUCUCCUGUCCUCUCCUAUGCCACAGAAAGGCAUGGAAAAGCCAGUAGGUGCUGGAUGCCUUUGAGAGUUCUGCCACUGCUAAGUUUGGUUUAAGCUCGCUGAGGGGUUCAGAGUGGUUGAAGGGGCCACAAAGCAUGCCAGGAAGGCAUGGUAGAGGACUCCUCCCCUCUCCUUGGGUGCAAAAGCUCAAGGUAUACGCCAGUGUAGCGUGCAACAGUGCUGAUCCUGGGAGCGUGUGCCACAAGGGUGCAGGCAGAGCUUCUCCACCUUAACCUGCCUAAGCCAAAGGAGUGCUAACCACCAUUCCAGCACUGUGGCUGGGGUCGCUCCAUCAAACCUUGCAGUCCUGCCUCUGUCUUUCUCAGGUGACAGUCUGCUUAGUUUCAUGGAGCUGUGUGUUUUGGCCCGCCAGACCCCUGAGUAAUUGGCAGAAUUGACAAUUUUUGCUGUAGUUUUACAGGGGUUACUUAUUGCUGAAUUUAAUGGGAGCAGCGCUGCCUUUACCAGUGGGGCUGUGUACUGGAAAGACAAUCUGUGCACCUAACUGGAGGCAGGAAAGGCAGGAAGGAAAUGGCUAGGUGAUCCUGCAGGACCGGGAGAGGAGUGGUGAGUUCUUUGGCCAGCAGAGAUUCUGGUACCAAACAGGCAAGCAGACUACUCGCAGUACAAUGUGUUCUCAGAAACAGGCAUGUCUUAGAUCCCAGAGUUCCUCUGAGUACACUAGCUGCAUUUGCUGUUGGGGUUUUUUUUUAAGUUUAUUUUAAACGUCUCUAGGGACUGGGUAAUACCGUAGGGAAUAUUAUGCUUCGUUAACAUUCCCAUCCUUCUGACUGCAAUCCAUUUUUGCUUAAGGUAAGUAGACACCCUCUGGACUUUGUAGGAAGUCGAAAAUCAGAAGGUUUGAUAGAAUUGACAAGAUGUUAAUAUUUUAGGAGACAGCCCCUACAUACAUCUUCUAUUGCCAUUGCAAAAGAAAAAAAAACUCAAUUCCUUAAGUGAUUUUCAAGUGGGAAGCAGCGAGGAGUUAAUGCUUUUGACAGAAAAAGUAGACUCCCUUAUUUAAAUGAGUUGUCUCCACGCAGUCUGAAAUACAGCGUGGAGGAAGAGAAAUGACUUUUGAACAAGAUUACACACUUUCCUUUUAGUCAACAAAGCGUUUCCUAUAUUAGGGAUGUAGAAUUUCCUUGUCCUGUUGACCUGAAAUUUCCAUGACAAGGUGUGACCCAGUGUAAUUCAUCUAAUUAGACCCGUGGUCUAAUUCAGCUGAACUGUGUCACGAAGACUAGCUAUGUGAGGAGCAGCGUGCCUUGAGACGUUUGUCAUACUGUUCCUCUGCUCAGGGAAAACGAGAGCUAGGUCCACUCCCUCACCUGCGUCCCUGCUGUCUCAACUUGCACGGGCGUAAGGACCACAGCUGCCAGGGAGGUUACAGACUGACCAGGUACCUGCAGCACCCCAAUAAACUGACAGCCAUUGCAACCAUGGUGUGGACAGACCAAGCUUCACACUGUGAACUUCUGAAGCCUUACAAGCUACCUUUGCUAAAAUCAUGUCACCAGCGUGUGCCACAUGCCAGCCAUCCACCACGAUGGCUGCUCCGUUUCUUCCUUGCGCAUUUCCACAGCUGAGCUGUGGUCCUUGGGAUGUCCAUCUGCUCAGAGGCCACCUCGAGGUGUUCAAAGAGAGGACGUGGGGCUGUUGUGCUGCCCACGUGGUGUUCUGCAGUGGACACGGCUCCUGCUGGGCAGCCUCAUCCCCCACCUCUCCUGGUAAAACUGCCCUUCUGCGAGUACAGCAGCAUCGCUCUUGGAGCUGACACCCUGUGCUCAGUUCUCUAAUACCACCCUGGGAAACAGAGCUAGACAGGGCUUGGAAGUGGUACUUCUUAUAAAAAGAAGAAUAUUGUGCUUCACUGGGUAGGCUACUCAUAGACGGCUUUGCCAAACAGCUGAAAUUUUCCAGCCAGAGAAGUCUCCCGUCCUUCUCUUCCCCCAUGAUCUUUACUAACUGCAGCAGUUGCAUCUUCAGUGCAAGCCUGAGUUGAGCUUUGCAUUUUCGUUACUCCCUGGAUGUCACGAACAUCAGCACUGGUGCGCGGCGACGGUGCUUUCUGCUUCGCAUGCAGCAAUUUCAUGCCCCCGCCAGGCUCGUGGUUCAGUGUGGGGUUCAGCCUGCAGAACUGGCACUGAUGUCCUCAGUUCUUGAAAUGCCAGGCUGGAGGUAGCGUCCGAAAGACGCCGGGGCCUGCAGUCUUAAGAGCUGAUCUUCACUAAUCAGCGAAGGAGGUAAUGAUACGUGGAAUACUUUACAGUGGGAUCGCGGGACAAACUUGGGGGUAAUUGCUUCGUUUAGAAAAGCAAAACUGUUGAAUUGUUCUAAACCUUUGUGUGUCUAUGAGUAAUGUGCAGGUUAUUUGCCACAUUGCCUUUGUAGCUUCAUUAAAAGAGAGCCAGAGUCACAUUCACUGCUUGCAGUUUGUGGCAAAGUGCAAAUGUGCUUGCUUUUUUCCUCACUCAGUUUUGCCAGCGAGACCCAGUCGUGGUGCCUUUUCCCCCACUGGAGACACACCAUGAUUUUCUUAAUUUUAGGAUGGGAAAAUCCCUCUUUCUAGAGAUGAGGUGUAUGUUGUACGGUCUACUGUUAAGCCUUUAAUUUCAUUUUGUAUUCUUGUAAUCAUGCUUUACACACUUUUAUUGUCCUUGACCAAAACCAGCUUCUUCA